UGAUGACCACCAUAUGGCUCUGGACACAACAGAGGAUUACUGCUGGAUUGACGCAGGGAAAGAGAAAUAGAGAAACAGUCCAUUUUGAGGUCAUAGGCCAGAUGUCAAGAUGACUACUGAUGAACUGGGAGGCAAGGGGAAUCCCUGGGAUAGGAUGACAAGGGACUAACGGGGAUAGGAUGGCAAAGGAUUCACUGGGAUGGGAUGACGAGGGAGCUCGGGGGAGCGCGGGGAAACCGGGGCCGAGGGAACCGAAGAGGAGGCACUGGAGUCCGGGGAACAGGUGAGUCGAAGAGGGGAUGGCUGGAAGCAGGAGCGGAGGCAGGACGGAGCAGAGGCGGAGGCAGGGUGGAGCAGGGGAGCCGCGAUGAGGGGACCGAAUGGUGAAGCCAGCUGACUGGAGGUAACGGAGAGGUAUGGAGGAGAUGGCUGCAGGGGAGAAACACAAAGAAGGUCAGCAAAAGACAGGGACAGGUAAGUACGAGAAUUUUCAGAGCGCUUGUAUUGCGUGUCACCAAGGUAGCUGAAGCAACGAUCAAGCGAAGAUGAUGAGUGGAUCCGGGGUUCAAAUACUGGGCUUGAUUGUAGAUGGCUGGCAGGUGUGCAUGGCAGGGAGAGGUGAUGGUGGAAUGACGAGCAGGCGUGUGUAGUCAGCUGGCAGUAGCCGGCAGGAUCCGGCAGGAGGGGGGGAAACACAGGAGACGGAGAGAGAGAGAGGCAGGGCCAACAGAGAAACUGACAGUGGGAAAUAAAAUAGGAACUAGGAAACUAGAAAACUAAACAAAAACUCACAGCCAGCCAACCCCAACCAUCACAAAUUGUUACAGUUUGGGACAAUUUCCUUGUUGUUAAAAGGCUGAAACAUUAAAUACAUGCUGAAUGACACAGUUUUUUUUCACUUUUAUUUUUACUGUCAUAAGACUAAGAAGGGUCUUUUGUCUGGAAGGAGGGACCUACACAAUAAGGUGCAGCCCACAGCUGUUCCCUUGACCUUUAUAAGGAGAAGACCUAAAAUCCUGACAGACUGAGCCUGCAGCCGUCCUUCAGAAGCAUUCAUUCAAGGUCGUCUUGUUGCACACUGCACAGCCAUCAUGUCUGAUUCAGAAGAACCGCAGCCCACGUGGAGACAGCCUCUACUGAUACUGGUGCAGUGAUGCCAGUUGGCGAUGACACCAUUGGAAGCGGUACCUGGCGUCAGUGUUAUAUUACCGUUAUAAAUUACAGCUCUGAAUACACCCUCUGUAACCCCUGUCAGUAUACGCAGAGUGGUCGCUGCACUCAAACUCCGACCCCUCAGAUUGGCCCACAGUCAUAUGGCCGUGCCCUGUUCACCAAGACUCCCUACACUGCUCGAGGAUCUGUUGGCGUCAUGACUUAUGACCUCCAGCACUCCACUUACAAAAUAGCUGUCAUGUUCCAGGUGCCCUACGACUAUAGCAUGUUCUCUAACGUGUAUGCAGUGGGAAUCUUUGACAAGAGCCAAGAGUGUAAUUAUGAUCUUUAUUAUAAGAUGUUGUACAAGCCACCAACCUCCUUUGUCAGAGGUGAAGCUAAGGGCCCCAGUCUCACUUAUAAGGGGGAUCGAGUCAACAUCGUGGCAACAAUGACAGACCAAUUUGAAGCUGUCAUACACGUGGAAGUGAGACACAACUGAAAUAAGAGAGUCGGGAAGAAAGUAGUUUCUCCUGCAGCCUAUUCUGCUUGUUUUUUUGCUGGAUUUAUAGGUCAUCCUAUAGGUCAAUAAAACACAAUCCACUGCUUUGGUGUUAUAGAAACUGUAAUAUGUAAUAACUGUAGUAGAGCAGAUGAUACAUUUGAUGGAUUACUUACGUGUGUUGUGAUUUCACCUGUAACGUUUAUUUACUUUUUGGCUUUAUAAGAUUAUGUAAACUGUCUCAUGCAUGGCUUUCAACAUCACUUCAGAUUCAAAUCUCAAGCA